GUGGACAAAAAAAUUUUGCCAUCGUCUUCAUCAUCCUAACUUCCUUGGGAAACCCAGAAACUGGGUUCCUCUGGGUUCCUCUGGGUUCUGCGCGGAACCCAGCUGGGUUCUCGUGGAAUCCACGAUUUUUUUUUCUGUUUUUGUAGUCGAAUUUCGGCGUGGUUUUAACUUCUAUGUUUCAUUGAUUUCCAUCAGUAUUUUUUCGAAUUUUUUCGGUUGUGUACGUUUUGUUUCGAUUUUUAGUUAAAACGUUUCGUCGAUUGUGUAUGGGCUUUUCGUCAAUAAGAAAGCAGCCGUCACAUAAGCUGGGAAGAAACCGGGGAAGGCGGCUAAGGAUCCAAACAAACCAAAGAGGCCUGCCAGUGCCUUCUUCGUAUUCAUGUAAUUAUUAUCACCGCCUCUAUAAAUAUCUCGUUACUAAUGAAGAAUCCUCUUUCCGUCAAAUAUCUUUGGCAUUAACAUUCAAACAAACCGUUGAAGAAGUGAACAUAACAAUCUUUAAAAAAUCAUGGAUUCCACGGGGAACCCAGAUCCGGGCUCCUCGUGGAUUCCACGGGGAACCCAGCGCGGAACCCAGCUGGGUUCCCUGUGGAAUCCAGAGGAACCCAGUUUCUGGAGGAACCCAGUUUCUGGGUUUCCCAAGGAAGUUAGGAUGAUGAAGACGAUGGCAAAGAACAGUGAAGAUGAUGCCGAGGAUGAGGAGGAGGAUAAGGCAUCUAAAGCCAUGCCACCGAGAAAGAGCAGAGACAAAGAGGUUCAGCCAGCCCAAGCUGAACAUGCAAAUGAUCCCAUCACUUUUCUCCCAGUGUCACCUUUGGCAAAACGGUCCUAUGGCAAUCCAAUUUUCAAAGAAAGGGAUGCAAACCACAGAGAUGACUUUGCUGAAUCAAGUAAUGUAUUUAGAGGUAUGACUGAGCGUCUGGAUUUAGCAUUCAAAGAACAGAACCAGGCUAUGCGGAGACUUGUUGAGAGUCAAGCAGAAUCCUCUAGACAUGAGGAAGAGUUAAUUAGACAAUGUAUAGAAGAAAUGAGACGGGUCUUUGAAAAAGGCACUAGGGUGAUACGAGAAACUGAGGAAGAAAGUCACAGACCACUACAAGCUAUUUCAGAACAAGUAGUUGAGCAAGUGCGACAGCCCAGACCUGAGAUCCUUCCUCUAAUCGUUGAAAUGCCCAGACAGAUUCGGGAAGCCCCAAUCCCAGCACUCGGGGGGCAAGGGAAUCAGCCUCAUCCUAAUAUUCAACAGCAGCAUUUUGUCAUUGGUGAAAGGCAAAGACAACACCAAUUGAUGGAGGUUGUUACUCCUGUUGCAGACCACGACCAUCAACCUCAGCAUAAGUAUAUUCUGCCAACUAGGAAGGGAAAUGUGGGUCCUCAUCAUCAACCUUGUCCAAGGGACUUUUUCCAGCCACAAGUUCCUCCAGCCCAGCCGGUACGGCGUGGUCUGCAGAAUCAACCAGCUCAAUUCUUCAAUAGAGACCAUGGGCCAGCCUUGAGGCCAUUGGAAAAGAUUGAUAAGGGUAUCUUGAAAUUUCCAAACAAAGCGAAGGAAACCAUGGGAGUGGAUGCAGAUCCUUUUCCAGCUGUGUCUAUGGGCGUGAAUGUUGCAAACCUUAGGAGUGUGGCCAAAAAUCAUAAUCUGCCUCAUGCUUACAGGAAUCUUGCUGCUGAAGACCUGAGGUGGGUUCUUGAGGCACGGAGAUCUAGACAUAGCAGGAGUGUCAGAUCAGACCAGCAGAGGCUCGGGGGGCAAGGAAGGAUCACUGUGACUAGGAACUUCAAUCCAAAAGGUGCUAGAGGUUACUCAACUGGUACUAGAUCUCCAAGGAUGGUCAAACCGCCACUUAAGUCACCUUCCAGAUGGUGGGAGAAAAUUAGUCAUCCCAAGUUUCCAGCCCAGAAUCCCAGAACCUUGACGCGCAAACUGCAACACAAGAGGGCUGAAGAACGAAAAAGGCAACAGAAGCAGGUGGAGGCUGAGGGAAGUUCAUCUCACAGACCACGCCAACCUAUGAAAAGGAACAUGGUCUGGGUGAGAAAAGAGAAAAAGGAGGCUGUAACCCAGACUCUACAGAAGGAGGAUGACCAAUCUUCAGCCUCUCCAAAGGUGGCGUCUGUCAUUGUGAGUCCAGACAGAGUUUUGAAAGCAACUUUUGAAGCACAAGAACAGUCUGGGAAUCGUGGAUCUGAAUCAAAAGAAGAUGGCACUAUUCAUUUUGGGGAAUUCUCAAUGAAUUUGUCAUGUCUGGUGCUGACAUUACCCUUGGUUUUCCAAGCCAAGAAGAAGGAGGAACCAAUCGUCUACGAGUUCCCAAAACAGACAGAAGAAGAGAAGAAAAGAUGGCCAGACACAUUAGGCCACUUUAUAUCAAUGCUCACAUGGAUGGGACUCCAAUCAGCCGUGUCUUGGUGGAUAAUGGAGCUGCAGUCAAUGUCCUUCCAACUUGCAUGCUCUACAAAAUAG